UGAGAUGAAAAUCCGAUCUGAAGAAGCCGAAGAAGCAGAGAGACAGAAAGACUAGAGCAAACAGAAAAGUAGAAAUUCUCACUUUUUAUUCUGUGUGCGGUGAUUAUUAUUUGAUUUUUCAAUACAAUUUUAUAUUGAAAGCCUGUUGUUUGUAAAUUAUUUGUUACAAUUGUUUGUUGACCGUCUGUUACGCGUAUUACUUAAUCCAUCGAACUGGGUUAGAAUCCGGAAAAGUGAAAUUUUUGUCGGCGACUUUCAUCCUCUGCAUCCAUCAUCUUUUACCUACCAAAAUCAUCAGUGGUUUCGAGCUAAAAGGGGAAAAAAGCAUUGGCUUAUCGAGUUUGCCAUUAGCAGAGUACAAAAUGAGUUUCUUGUUCCGAUCCAGUAAAACCUUCAAGCCGAAAAAGAAUAUACCGGAGGGUACUCAUCAGUAUGAUCUCAUGAAACAUGCUGCCGCUACGUUGGGAUCUGGAAACCUUCGCAACGCUGUACAGCUUCCAGAUGGAGAAGAUCUUAAUGAAUGGGUUGCGGUGAAUACUGUGGAUUUCUUCAAUCAAAUCAAUAUGUUGUACGGUACUAUUACGGAGUUUUGCACUGAAGAUUCGUGCAGCAUUAUGUCAGCCGGUCCGAAAUACGAGUAUCAUUGGGCAGAUGGGCAAACGGUCAAGAAACCAAUCAAAUGCAGUGCUCCCAAAUACAUUGAUUAUCUGAUGACCUGGGUCCAAGAUCAGCUAGACGACGAAACUCUGUUUCCUUCAAAAAUCGGUGUUCCUUUUCCUAAAAACUUCAUUCAAAUAGCUAAAACCAUACUCAAGCGACUGUUUCGCGUGUACGCUCACAUCUACCAUCAACAUUUCUCCGAAGUCGUGCGAUUGAGUGAGGAAGCCCAUUUAAACACCUCAUUCAAGCACUUUAUCUAUUUUGUUCAGGAAUUUAAUUUAAUAGACCGACGAGAAUUGGCACCACUGCAGGAUCUGAUUGAUAAACUCAUCACUAAAGACGGUCGAUAAGUACUCGAAAACAGCGCAAACAAAAAACAAGCGAACAACAUGAACAAAUAACUACACCGUAUUUCAGUAGUAAUAACCAUUUACUGUAAUGUCAUGUUUUAAAAAUCAUCUUCAAAUCAUUUUUCUUCUUUCGAUAGGCGCCACUGUACCUAUGUUGUACGUAUUUUGUUCGUGUAGCGUUCCAAAACCUCGUCCACUAUUUCACAGUUUUAUUUUAGUUAUUUAAUGUGUUAUUUUAAAAUUACGCAAACUGUAGAAUAAAUGUUAUUUUUGUGUAUACAAUGAAGUAAGAGAAACAAGAGCUCAUCCACAAUUAAUAUGUAGAUAUUUAUUUUGGAAACAAGCUACCUACAUAUUUUGUGAGACUUUUAAAGUAAGAUAUGUAGUGACGUACAGAAUCCUAACGAUCCAUCUUACAUCGUCUUGCUUACGUUUUGUUUCAAUUACGCAGUAAUCUCAACCUGGCAAUUACCGCGCUCGAUGCGUUUAAAACCUACGAAAUGGCGGACGUAGAUAUCAUAUCUUAUGUAAACAGUUAAAUCUGAUAAAUUAAUGCUUAUUCUAGAAGAUUCCAUCUGCGUUUAGCCUCCCCAAAUUGUUUGCGAUACCAACUAGUUAUCAUAAAGGAUUCUAAAUGCUCCUAAUAUGGCUGAGGUGAUCACCGCAGAGGCAUUAUUAAAACUGAUAAGAGCUGCAUAAUAUCUAUAUACAACAAUAAUGUGUAACGAUCAAAUUGCGUAAUUUGAUGUACGACGACUGAUAAAAUAUGAAAUGGAAAUAUAAAUUUGUAUGAAAUAAA